GCCUCUAUGCGCAUAUGCGCAGAAGCAUCAAUCUGGCGAUGUCUUCCGAACAGAAGAGAAACAUAGUUGUGUUUUUAUGUAUAAUAACUGUAGCUUUUUCUAACUUGAUGUUCUGUGGUGCGUUGAGUGUAGAAAAGUUUGUUCUCAAUGGUUUUAAUGCGGAUCAUGAAAAGGCGUCAAAUGCUGACAGAGAGCGGAGGAUCAACACAAAACAAGACGCCAAGCACAAAUCUGAGUACCUUGGCGGACUGGCCAUUCUUCGGCGCAAUCUUCGACCUACUGUUAAUAAUUCCAGCAUUCAAGAACCGAGUGCAGAGUCCAUUGACGUUCCUGAGAACUCCAUAAAUAAUUCGAUUCAACCCAACAUUGAUCUAAAGUCAACUGAUUUGCGGGCGCCUGUGAUUGUGCGUAAUGGUUUCAAUGUCCAGAAAAGAUCUCUGGAUUACAAUGCUGGACAUCAGGCAGUCUUCAAAGGCCACGGUUUUCAAGGGAAGGUCUAUGGUCCAUCAGCUGACCACAACCCCCACUCCAGUGAAUGGCUGUUGAUGAGGCCUCUGGUCCAGUGUAAUGACAACCUCAUGAUGCUCACUGCAUCUGGACGAGGUUACACACAUCUACUGGUGGAUAGAGCGGGCGCCUCUCCCAUCUCCCUGUUCCAGCUGCCGCCGUCCUGUGGCUACCAUGUGAAGACUACCUGGAGAGAGAUGGUGAUGAUGGCACCAUACGAUGGCUGCUACAUCAUGCAGGAGCAUGGUAGUUAUGUCCUGCCCAUGCUGUGGUGGGGCAGACCUGUGAAGAUCAUCUGCCCAGUCCCCCACCCUGACCCCCGACCCCACCCUGUCCCCCCAAAUGCUGUCCCCUCAGUACUCUGCUCCCACUUUGGCAUGGCCAUCCAGAUACAUGGAGGGGAGGAGGUCAUACACACCCUACAGGUCAUAGAGAAAGGCAAGUGGGUGCCGUUUGUGUCUGAAGAGUGUGCCUACCAAGUGGAGUCCCACUCAGAAGACCUCAUAUUUUAUGUUCCCUUUACAGCCCCAUGUGUGACCAUCGGAAAUGGAGUUCAUCGACUGGUCCUAUUGGACGGCCAGGACUUCAUCCUCUCCUGCCCCUCACACCACCCUCCUCCAUUUCCCUUUUUUCCCUCUCCUCCAUUUUCUCAACCCUUCUCUCCUGGUGACCCGCAGCAGCAGAUACCUGACCCUGUGACUUUUGCUCCCUCCACCAGCCCUCCCCUUACCUCUCUUCCCAUCACCCCUUAUACUCAACCCCCAGCCCAGGAACAGAUGCCCCAACUUCCUGCGUUCCCCCACCACCUCCCUCAUGGCAUGUAUCCCCAAAUUCACCAUUUCCCUUACGGUGGAGCUGGUUAUCACCCUCUCCUCCACCCUGGUCACGAACCAUACCCUGGCUCCCAUCAUCUUCUCCCAGGGAGAUACCCAGGCCAGCAGCCCUUCUUCCCAAUGGGGCCUGGGAAUCACCCCUACGGCUCUGGAGACCACCAUAACUCCUUUUACCUCUCCCCGCCCCCUACCCACGAUCCCAUGCUCUACUAUUAUAAUGAAAUCGCCCCUGGUGUCCACCGUCCUUCUGUCUAUCCUACUCCUCUUAUAGCUAUCCGACCACCGCAUCCCACCGCUUAUACCAAACCUCCUUUCGCCGGUUAUACCAAACCUCCUCCUCCUCCCGCCGGUUAUACCAAACCUCCUCCUCCUCCCGCCGGUUAUACCAAACCUCCUCCUCCUUUCGCCGGUUAUACCAAACCUCCUCCUCCUUUCGCCGGUUAUACCAAACCUCCUCCUCCUCCCGCCGGUUAUACCAAACCUCCUCCUCCUUUCGCCGGUUAUACCAAACCUCCUCCUCCUUUCGCCGGUUAUACCAAACCUCCUCCUCCUCCUGCCGGUUAUACCAAACCACCUCCUCCUUUCGCCGGUUAUACCAAACCUCCUCCUCCUUUCGCCGGUUAUACCAAACCUCCUCCUCCUUUCGCCGGUUAUACCAAACCUCCUCCUCCUUUCGCCGGUUAUACCAAACCUCCUCCUCCUCCCGCCGGUUAUACCAAACCUCCUCCUCCUUUCGCCGCUUAUACCAAACCUCCUCCUCCUUUCGCCGCUUAUACCAAACCUUCUACUAAAUAUUAUACCGAACAACCUCCUCCACCUCUCGAUACUGAACCUGUUCUUCCUAUAAUACCUACUGCCUUUGACCGUCGUUCUUACCCCAUUGUUACCGGAUCUCCUCCUCCCCCCUCUGGAUCCAAACCUUCAUCACCUGUUUUCCAACCUCCAAAACCACCUGCAGAUCCAAAUGACCCAUAUGGGGUCCACAUGACCAAUCAGGCCCUGAUUACUGAAGAGCCCAUGUCUGCUACUGGGAGCCCCAAUCCUGAUCCCUAUACCCAACCUCCUAAAUGGCCUGUGGGUCCAUACUACUACCCCUAUGGUCCUUACUACCCCCCUUCUGGUCCUCACCAUUAUCCCUUCAUACCCAUCUACUACCCUUCACCUACCCCAGGGCCUAGCCCAGUCAAAGCUAGUCCUCCCCAGACUCUCCCUUCAGGUCCUCAGGACCCUACAAUGCCCACGGUCUACCCACCCCACCACUACCCUCAGCCAGUCACCUGCUCUCCCUCUGCCCAUACCAUCUGUAGCUAUUACCCAUAUCCUGUGGAUGUGCCACACCACCCAUAUCCUCUCUACCUGACGCCCAGCCCCCCUCUGACCACCCCAGCCCUUCCCUCCACAGGUGCAGCUCUGCCUGGUGCUACUCAACCACCCCAGACUUCACCAACCACCCCCUCACCCUCCUCCAGGACCAUAUCGUCCACUACUACUCUCACUCCUUGGAUGUCCAUCCUCACCCCUACUCUCCCCCCUCAGCCCUCCCUCUCUCCUGGGCUCUCCCCUCGGCCCUCCCUCCACUGUCUAGCUGGGCAGAUGAUGGUGUCUCUGCCCUCUGCUCUCCUGGACUCCAUCCAGGUCAAAGAUAAGAUGAAUGGCUGGGUGUCUAUCUCCAGUGCCCCGGCGGCUUGUAGAUACAUCCUACAGUUGAGUAAGGGUGGUGGAGUGAUCCUCCAUUCCCCUCUCCCUGCCUGCCACAGCCAGGCUAUGGCCCUCAAUCCACACCAGCUCUCCCUCCCCCUGAAGUUUUGGGACACAGUCCUGGGGCAAUACAGAUCUCUGGAGCUCCAUUGCCCGUCAACUGUGACCCCAUCACCCCACACCACUACCGCCACCCUCCCAACGACGACCCACACCAGGCCUCCCACUCCCCCCAAGCCACACGUCUUCUGCUCUGCUCGCCACAUGAGGGUGGAGCUUCCCUCAGGUCCCAUAUCUGGAGUCGUUGUCAAGGACAUCGAAGGGAUUGAGAUGAUCCUGAUGGAUGCCCCAGAGCAUUGUGGGUAUGUGGCAAGCAAGGGAAAGGAUGGCAUGAUCACCCUGAACCUCCCCUUCAACUCUUGUCACAUGACUGUCCAGGGUAAAGAGCACCGCAUAGAUGUGAUUUACUCCACGUUGAAUGGACAAAAAGGAAAGGCCCAAUUGUUCUGUCCAGUUUCCAUACCCGUUUCUCAUCAAGAGUGUAACCUUCCCAGUGACCUGCGCCUCCCCUGCGGCCGCCGCCCUCUAUCCCAGGCAGACUGUCUCUCUCUGGGCUGCUGCUACAGCACCAAGCCCUCUGCCUGCUACUACUCCAUGGAUGAAUGCACAUUGGACCGCCACUUUGUCUUUUUGGUGCCCGCCUCCCUCACGGACCCCCCUCUGUCCCCUGCUUUGCUCACUGCCGCUGGCAACCCCACCUGCGCCCCUCAGAGGGUGACUCCAGACUACGCCCUGUUCAAGAUCCCACUGGGCGGCUGCGGGGCCCACAGAUACGAGGUUGGCCAAACGGUAGUCUACAUGGUGGAGAUCAUCAACACGGUCCAGUCAAUCACUCUCAACUAUGGGACCAUCACCAGAGACUCUCCUAUCAGGCUGCUGGUUGAGUGCCAGUACAGUCCUGGCUCUGUGGCGAGUGUUGGCUUCCUGGUCAAGACCCCCUCCUUUGGCCCCUCCAUUCAGGCCCAGGGUGUGUUGGGGGUCCAGCUCAGGAUUGCCACAGACGAGCAGUACAGUAGCUUCUACCCCCAGUACCACCGGCCCCUGCAGAUGCUCUUGGGUAAACCCUUACACCUUGAGGUGCGUCUGCUCAACCCCCCAGAUGACAAAGUGGUCCUGCUGGUACACUACUGCGUGGCCUACCCCAGAUCAGGACAGACUGUCUGGGUACUCCUCUAUAAUGGAUGUCCUAACCAUCUGGACCCGGCCUCUCAGAAGCCUCACCCAUCUCCUCCACCCCCACCCUUCCACCAAGGCCAGACACGAAGGUUCACCAUCUCCACCUUCCAGUUCCUCACCUCUGGACAGACCCAGACAUUGGAGGACCAUGAAGAGAUCUACUUCAUGUGUUCUACUGAAGUGUGUUCGCCGCUGGACGGCAGCCUGUGUGUAGAGGGAUGCUUUGGCCAGUGACU